AGAUGCGGGCCGUAUUCCUAGCAUUGAAAUUCCUCAGCUGAGAGGUCAACAUGUGCUAGUUGUGUCAGACAACACAGCGGUGGUCUCAUAUAUCAACCACCAGGGAGGGUUACGUUCACGCCCCCUGUUCAGGCAAGUGCAACUAAUCCUUCUCUGGGCAGAAGGAAAGUUCUUGUCAGUGAGUGCAAUGUACAUUCCGGGCAGCCGGAAUGUAGGAGCAGACAUCCUGUCGAGGCAGUGCCCGGGGGUUGGAGGCUCCAUCCACAAGUGGUGGAGUCCAUAUGGCGGAGGUUCGGACAAGCGGAAGUGGAUGUGUUUGCCUCCGAGGAGACAACACACUGCCCGCUGUGGUUUGCCCUCAUUCCUCCCGCACCAUUGGGGCUGGACGCCAUGGUGCACACGUGGCCGAGGUCACGUCUAUAUGCUUUUCCCCAAAUCGCUCUGCUCCCACAAGUUCUAGCGAGAGUUCGCCAAGACCGUCUAUAUCUGCUGCUAGUAGCACCUUAUUGGCCAGCUUGAAUAUGAUUCUUCGAGAUAAUUUCCUUGCUCAACGGUACUCUUUGGGAGAUUUCCAUCCACAGGGAUCUACUGUCUCAAGCCAGAGGGCUGAUUUAGCACCCUCGGACAGAACUAUGGAAACUAUGGGUCUGGCCCCUGAGGGGCACCAGCUCAUAGAUUCUGGUCUCACAACUGAGGUUGUAGAGACCAUGGUAAACGCUAUCCAUCCACGAGGAUGUGGAUGGAGCACCAUCCACAAGGAAAUUACUCAUUUUUACUUUGUUCGUCUGUCCAAGAUCCUAAAACAAAGGCUGGGCUGCUCCAGUCUUUCAGCUUUUCUGGACAACAAGCAAACCGGAGGACGUUCGUGGAGAAGUUUCACCCUGAAUUCCCUAUUGACACACAGGCGGUUUGCCCUUUAUGUGCAGAGCGAAAGACCGACGCAGCCUUACCACUGACCGGUAGAAAUCAUCAAAAAAACAGCCUUAAGGUAAAUUAGAAUUUUAUAAAGUCAUUGUGUAUUACUGUCUGUAUGGAAGGGAGUCAAUGAUAUAAGAAAUGUGUGUAUUACAUUGAGAGAAGUAUUACAUGGAGGCAAUUUCUUAAAAGAAGUCCAAGGAACUUUGCCUCUUCGACGGCAGAGAGAUUAGUGUUUCUUAGAUCACAGCUUCCAAACUAAGAUAUAUA